GCGGCCUGCCGCGGUCCCUGCCCUGGGGACUCUGACCCCGCGGGCCGGCGAGGGGACACGAGGCAGGCUGUGCCGAGCAGCCCCACAGCCGCUGGGACGGAGCCGGGGAGGAGCAGAGCAGGAUGGACCCCACCAUGGAGCUGGCAGAAGACCCCAGGUUCCCCCGCCCGUUGGUGGAGAUGCUGAUCAGGAACUUCAGCGUGCCAGCAGCCUGCUUCUCCCUGCCACCCACCUCCCAGCAGCUGCUGCAGCACCUGGACGUGGCCCAACUCACCAUUAUGGGUCUCGCCACCAUCAUGACGCUGCUGUCGGUCGCGAUCUUCGUGGAAGAGGCUUUGUACCUCACCCGCAAGAUCCGCUGCCCCAUCAAGAGGAAGACCCUCUGUUGGAGCAGCUCAGCCCCAACGGUUGUGUGUGUGGUCAGCUGCUUCGGGCUGUGGUUCCCGCGCGCCAUGAUGGUGGUGGAGAUGGCUACCACGGCGUACUUCUCCAUCUGCUUCUACCUCAUGAUGCUGGUCAUGGUGGAGGGCUUCGGGGGGAAAGAGGCGGUGCUCAGCGCCCUGAAGGACGUGCCCAUGGUGGUCAGCACUGGGCCCUGCUGCUGCUGCUGCCCCUGCCUGCCUCGAAUCACCAUGAGCAGGAGAAAGCUUCAACUGAUGCUACUGGGGACUUUCCAGUAUGCCUUCUGCAGGGUGUUUGCCGUCUUCCUGGGGCUGGUCCUGUUCACCGAUGGGAACUACAACCCUGCUGACAUCUCGGCUCAGAGUGCGGCCCUCUGGAUCAACACUGUGGUCGGUGCCUCCACCCUCUUCGGGCUAUGGGCCCUGGGCAUCCUUUUCCGGCAGGCCCGUCUGCACUUGACGGAGCAGAACAUCAAGGUCAAGUUCUCCUGCUUCCAGAUCCUCCUUCUCCUGACGGCACUGCAGCCCGCCAUCUUCAGCAUCCUGGCCAACAACGGCAGCAUCGCCUGCUCACCGCCCUUCUCCUCCAAGGCCAGGUCGCAACAGAUGAACAUGCAGCUGUUGAUCCCACAAACCUUCAUUUUGGUGGUGGUGACCCGCAUGUACUACCGCAAGCAGGAUGACAAGCCAGGCUACCAGCCCGUCAGCUUCGCACCCACAGGCACUGAGGUCAAGGCGUGAGCAGGGGGGAGCAAAGUGGGCGCCGAGGGGCAGAGCGAUGCCAGGGGGCCGGUCUGCCCUGUACAACCAUCUCCUCCUCCUCUGGCCCUGGGGAGCUGCCGGCAGCAGAGGAGGCAGAGGGGGAAUGGGCAUCUUGGCGUGGGGUGAAAGGGUCUGAAACCUGAAGGCCACAAGCCAAAGGGAUCUGUGAAGCCAACUCCUGCACGGAGGGGCUCUUGUCUGGCACUGAAUAAAGAUAAAUUUGUACCCGAGUCUCGUGU